AGGUAUACAUUUUUGUAGCAUUAAGUACACUCAAAUUGGUCUGCAGACAUCAUAUUUAUUCAUCUCCAGAACUUUUCAUUCUCCCGGACUGAAGCUCUGUGCCCAUUAAACACGGACUUCUCAGUUGCCCUCUCUCCCCAGCCCCUGACAACUACGAUUCUCCUUUCUGUCUCUAUGAAUUUGACUGCUGUAGAUAACUCAUGUAAGUGGAAUCACCAAGCAGUUGUUUUAAUUUUGGUCUUUCUAAAAUACUUGUCCCUCCUUCUGCAUCCAUAUCCUAUCCAUCUGUCAAGGUUUAGUUUAUGUCUUUUAUAACCACUCCAGUGUACACAUACAGUAUUCUCAUUCCCCCUUGAAGUCUUGUUAGAGUGCUAUCUUUAUCAUUUGAUUGGCAUUUAUUAUGCCCUUCCUUGUAAAGUUAGCUCAUUCUUCCUGAGUAUCUCUUUCCCAAGUAUUUCCCAAAGAUCCUUGAGGGAAAUGACCAUAUCUUUGUCCAUGCUUGCAUUUCACUAUAUCUUUGUGAAUUAGUGGCUUUCACGUUUUAGUUUCUCCAGAGGUACUUGUUGAUUUUCCUUUAAUUAUGAAAGAUAACUAAAGAUUUGGAAACAGAUUGGAGUAACAACUAAUAGAAAUAGAGCAUUCAAAUAGUGGUCUGGCGUCCAGAUGAAGGUAACUGGUUUUGGAUGUGUUAAGAUAUGGAGCUGGGCCUUAGGUUCUCAGAACUGGAGUGCAGGUUAGGAAGGAAGCCUGGAAGUGUAUGUUGAAGCCAUGAAAAUGGUAUGAAAGUGUACAUAGAGAACAGAGACUUAAGGAGCAUCUACAGAAGGAGAAGGGAGAGGAGACAUUGAAGAAGACAGAGGGUUGUUACGAAGAUUUAAACAAGAUAAGCUGAAAACAUAUUACACAAUGCUGGAGUGAUAGAAGGAAGUCAAGGCACCAUUAUGACUCAGAUGAGAAAUCAGAAACAAGAGAAAAUGGUGUUGCAGAUGACCUGGAUGCUCCCAAACCCAAAAAAGCUAAAAUGAAAGAGAAACUAAAUGGUGACACUGAGGAAGGAUGUAAUAGACUUUCACAUGAAUUUUCUAAAUCUCGUAAGUCAAGAAGAAAAGAUCUGUCAAAUGGAGAUAUUGACGAAUAUGAAAAAAAAUCAAAGCGAGUGUCAUCCUUAGAUAGUUCUACUCAUAAAUCAAGUGAUAAUAAACUAGAAGAGACCCUAACGUGUGAACAGAAAGAAGGAGCCUUCUCCAAUUUCCCUAUUUCUGAAGAGACUAUAAAGCUUCUGAAAGGUCGAGGGGUAACAUAUCUCUUUCCUAUUCAAGUUAAGACUUUUGGUCCUGUAUAUGAAGGAAAAGAUUUAAUUGCUCAAGCGCGGACAGGAACAGGAAAGACAUUCUCUUUUGCCAUCCCCUUGAUUGAAAGACUCCAAAGAAAUCAAGAGACAAUUAAAAAAAGCCGCUCACCAAAGGUACUUGUUUUGGCUCCUACAAGGGAACUGGCAAACCAAGUAGCCAAAGACUUCAAAGAUAUAACUAAGAAACUCAGUGUGGCAUGUUUUUAUGGUGGAACAUCAUAUCAAAGCCAAAUUAAUCAUAUUCGAAAUGGUAUUGACAUCUUAGUUGGGACCCCUGGUCGUAUCAAAGAUCAUCUGCAGAGCGGCCGAUUAGAUCUUUCUAAACUGCGCCACGUUGUGCUUGAUGAAGUGGAUCAAAUGUUAGAUUUAGGUUUUGCUGAACAAGUUGAAGAUAUUAUCCAUGAAUCCUACAAAACUGAUUCUGAAGACAAUCCUCAGACUUUACUUUUUUCUGCAACUUGCCCACAGUGGGUAUACAAAGUUGCAAAAAAAUACAUGAAAUCCAGAUAUGAACAGGUUGACCUUGUUGGGAAAAUGACUCAAAAGGCUGCAACUACUGUGGAACAUCUGGCCAUCCAGUGCCAUUGGUCUCAGAGGCCAGCAGUUAUUGGAGAUGUCCUUCAAGUCUACAGUGGGUCUGAAGGGAGGGCUAUUAUCUUCUGUGAGACCAAAAAGAAUGUAACUGAAAUGGCCAUGAAUCCACAUAUAAAACAGAAUGCCCAGUGUUUACAUGGCGAUAUCGCACAGUCACAAAGAGAAAUUACACUGAAAGGCUUCAGAGAGGGUAGUUUUAAAGUUUUGGUGGCAACCAAUGUGGCUGCCCGUGGUUUGGACAUUCCUGAGGUUGACCUGGUGAUUCAGAGUUCACCUCCACAGGAUGUUGAGUCCUAUAUUCAUCGCUCUGGACGCACAGGUAGAGCUGGCCGGACAGGGAUUUGCAUAUGUUUUUAUCAACCAAGAGAAAGAGGUCAAUUAAGAUAUGUGGAACAAAAAGCAGGAAUUACUUUUAAACGUGUAGGUGUUCCUUCUACAAUGGAUUUAGUUAAAUCUAAAAGCAUGGAUGCCAUCAGGUCUCUGGCUUCCGUUUCUUAUGCUGCUGUUGAUUUUUUCCGACCAUCAGCUCAGAGACUGAUAGAAGAGAAAGGGGCAGUGGAUGCAUUGGCUGCAGCAUUAGCCCACAUCUCUGGCGCAUCAAGUUUUGAACCACGUUCUUUGAUCACCUCUGAUAAGGGGUUUGUGACCAUGACUCUGGAAAGCCCAGAAGAAAUACAGGAUGUUAGCUGUGCUUGGAAAGAACUUAACAGAAAGCUGAGUAGUAACGCGGUGUCCCAAAUUACCAGAAUGUGCCUCCUAAAAGGAAAUAUGGGUGUUUGCUUUGAUGUUCCCACAACUGAGUCAGAAAGGUUACAGGCAGAGUGGCAUGAUUCAGACUGGGUACUCUCAGUGCCAGCCAAGUUGCCUGAAAUUGAAGAAUAUUAUGAUGGAAGCACAUCUUCUAAUUCCAGACAGAGGAGUGGCUGGUCAAGUGGCUGGUCAGGCCGGUCGGGCUGGUCAGGUGGUCGAUCUGGUGGCCGGUCAGGUAGACAGAGUCGACGGGGGAGUCGGUCAGGAAGUCGACAAGAUGGUAGAAGACGAAGUGGGAACAGAAAUCGAUCGAGAAGCAGGGGCCACAAACGGAAUUUUGACUGGGAUAGUUAAUCUACCAGUGUGAGCUUGCCUAUUUCUGCCUAAUAGUGUACAUUAUCCACCAAAAAUUAGGUCAUCAUAGUUGUUGAGGUCUGUGUCUGCUUUUGGCAAAGAAGUUGGUUGUAUUUUUUUAAAAAGUAUUUCACAAGAAUGGUUGUAAACAAAUCUACUUAUCCAGUUAUACCUUUGAAUAAAAAAACCUCCUUUUAUUGUCUCUUUUCA